AUGUUUUUUGUGGCCUCGGGAAAUUACGACAUCAAACAGUUGAACUGCCUGUUGACAAAGAUUACUCAGCGUCAACGUCGCAUUCCAUUCCACCUGAGAGCUAAAGUCGAUGCAGAGUUAAGUCAGUUACAGGAUGAGGACAUCAUUGAACGCGUACCAGAUACAGAAGCAACCGAAUGGAUAUCUCCAAUCGUCAUCAUGCCAAAAAAUACGACAAUAUUCGCCUAUGUAUUGACAUGCGCACAGCAAACACCGCUACUAAACGAAUUUGACACCCCAUACCAACAGUGCAUGACAUUUCGCAUGAAUUAAAUGGUGCUAAAUUCUUCACAAAAUUAGACCUUACACAGGCAUAUCACCAACUUGAGUUAGCCCCUGAAAGCCGUCAAAUCACAACAUUCAUCACACACGCAGGAUUGUUUCGUUUUAAGCGUUUAAACUAAGGCACAAAUUCGGCCGCAGAAACACUGCAACAAGUUUUGCAUGACAUACCAGGAGUCUGCAACAUUGCCGAUGACAUUUUAGUUUUUGGAUCGCCUUACGAAGCACAUAACAUAGCCUUGGAUGAGUGUCUACAUCGCAUUGACACCCAUGGUUUGACCCUCAACUUUGACAAAUGUCAGUUUCUGCAACCUAAGCUUGAAUUUUUUGGACUUAACUUUUCAGCGGACGGUGUUUGCCCAGAUCCUAAUAAGGUUUCUGCCUUGGCUACUGCUGCUAUGCCCACCACGGGGAGCGAGGUCAGAAGCCUCCUCGGCAUGGCUAAUUACAGCUCACAAUUUAUCCCCAACUUUGCCACAAUCACGGAAACCAUUACGGUAACUCACCCACAAAGAAACACCUUUUAUAUGGACUCAGGAACAGGACCAUGCGUAUAAUACAGUGCAAAAGGCUUUAAUUAACAGUCCUAUGAUGAGUUACUUCGAUGUCAACAAAGCCACUGAAGUGACAGUGGAUGCAAGUCCAGUGUCAGUGAUCUUAGCUCAGCGUGAUUCACUUUCAUCACCCCCAAACAUAGUCGCUUAUGCUAGUCGUGCUCUUACCUCUACCGAGUGACGCUAUUCACAAACUGAAAAGGAGGCGCUGGCCAUGGUGUGGGGUAUUGAGUAUUUCCAUUUGUAUCUGUAUGGUGCAACCUUCACUCUGUAUACCGACCACAAAGCCCUCGAAGUCAUCUUUGGGAACCCAAUUUCAAAACCACCAGCCCGAAUAGAGUGUUAGUUCCUAUGCCUCCUGCAAUAUAAAUUUUGGGUUGUUUAUAAAUCAGGCAGUACAAAUCCGGCAGAUUACCUGUCUCGCCAUCCCCCUGAUAGUAAACAAAAACAAACGAACAUUGCAGACAAGUAUGUACAUUUUGUAACACACACAGCAGUCCUCCCCGCACUUACAGUGGACGAUGGUCGCAAAGAUACAUUACUUAGUUUGGUACGUACAGCAAUCCAGACGGGACAGUGGUCCAGUAGUGAACUGAAAGAGUUCAAGCCCAUCAAAGAUGAACUAUCUAUUGACUACACCAACAAUGUGGUGCUUCGGGGCACCAGACUUGUAAUCCCUUCAUCAUUGGUUCAAUGUGUCAUACAGCUGGCCCAUGAAGGGCACCAAGGGCAGGCCAGAACAAAGGCGUUGAUAAGGGAACAUGUUUGGUUCCCAGAAAUGGACAAAACAGAACUUGAAAAGUGCCUCGCUUGCCAAGCCACUGGGCAACCAAGUCAACCAGAACCCCUGUCCACCCCGCUACCUAACAAAGCAUCGAACAAGCUCAAGAUUGAUUUCCAUGGCCCAUUACAGACUGGACAGUAUAUUUUGGUGAUCCUCGAUUGCUAUUCUCAAUUUCCGGAAGUAGAAGUGUUGUCUUCAAUCUCUGCCAAGAGUGUAAUCCCAAAACUCGAUGCAGUUUUUGCCCGGCAUGGUGUACCUUCGCAGGUUGUUUCAGACAAUGGGCAACCUUUCCAAGGACAUCAAUUCAACAGAUACAUGACCAAAAUGGGAAUCCAGCAUAAUACCUCCACACCUCUUUGGCCUCAGGGGAAUGCGGAAGUUGAAGCGUUCAUGAAGCCACUCGGCAAGGCUAUUCGAACGGCGAACCUCGAAGGACGGUCUUGGAAACAAGAGCUCUCCAAGUUCUUGUUGGCAUAUCAGUCUACCCCCCCCCCCAUUCGACCCACCUUUUUGUGUCCUUUGUCUCCUUCGUGUGAUAAAGGAGAUCAAUCAACUAUAAGUGGAAGGCCAGCAUGGGGAUUAUUCUCUUUAGGAGAAGUUCAGACUCGCAGGGGUCGCAGCGUCAGACCUCCUUCAUAUUUUAGCGAUCUCUUCUGA